ACUAGAGGACGAAAAGGAGGUGCAGGUCAAGCGACUCGAGGAAGAAAAGGAAGCAAACCUCAAGCAAUUUAAAUCAGAAAAAGAGACCCUCCAGUCGAGCGUCGACGAACUCAAGAAAGAGAACCAAGAUCUCAAGACCAAGGCCCAAGACCAAACAUGGAAGGUCAAAGAUGCAGAGGAGAAGCUGCGCAAGGCCGAGUCGGGUGCGAAGUCCACAAAGGAGAAGGAAAUCAAGGAGCUGCAAGAGAAGCUACGCAAAGCCCAAGAGAAUGAGAAAGAGAAGACGACCGAGUUGGAAGAUCUUAUCAUGGUACUUAGUGAUCUCGAAGAGAAGAGGAGUAAAGACAAGGAACGUCUCAAAGCUCUUGGGCAAGAAGUAUCUGACGACGAAGAGGAUGAUGACGACGAUGAUGAUGACGAAGAAGACGAAGAUAGUGACGAGGAUGAAGAAUAGGAAGAGAAGAAAAAAUAGGACAUUGUCGUCCGCACGUAGCCGUAGCUCUGUGACUACUCAUAGCCUUGACAGCAGCUCAGAAAUACUUAUAUAUGUCAUCGGCAAGAACACUGACUUGAACAAUUCAUACAUCAACGUCACAUGUCAUUUUGAAUACUGACACACUAACUCGGACUGCAGGCCUAUCG